AUGGGAAAAGGGGAAGAAAACUUGCAGCUCUCAAUUCCAUCUAGCUCAAAUCCCCCAGAUGCUAAUGCUGGUUACCCAUUUCAAUAUGGGAUGGGUCAUCCGAGUCCUCUCAUGGCUAUAAGCUCUGCAAUAGAUUUGCCGAUUUGUAAAGAGGAUACAUGUGGGUGUGAAGAAACUGAAACACCCAGUUCCUCCUCUAGAGUGCAUGAACAUGGUGAAGAGGAGAGGCCAGACCUACAUGAAACCGAGUAUGGCACUGUCGGUUCACCUUCGUUAGACCAAUUGGAUGGUGGCUCACCUCCGUUAGGGCAAAUGGAGGGUGGUGAUAUGAUUAUGGAGCCAAAAUCGGGGAUGGAGUUUGAUUCUUUUGAGGAAUUAACGGAGUAUUAUAGGCUAUAUGCUAAGAAAUGCGGUUUUGGAUCCAUGACACAACGAAGUGAGAGAGAUGACGAACGAAAUGUCAGAUAUGUCACCAUUGGUUGUACUCAUGGGGGAAAAGCGCGGAAUAGGACAAUGAAUGUCGCCAAGCCACGUCCGACAGGGAAAACUGACUGUAAGGCUCGGAUUAAUGCCUUAAAAGUCCAGAGGAAGAUGCGGUUGACCACAGUCCAUAAUACCCAUAAUCAUGGGUUGAGUCCACAGAAAUCCCAGUUCUUCCGAUGUAAUCGGGAAGUUAGUGAGGCCGUAAAAAGAGUACUAGAUACUAACGACCUUGCUGGCAUUCGAAUGAACAAGAGCUUCGGAUCUCUUGUUGUUGGUGCGGGAGGAUUUGAGAACCUCCCAUUUUUGAAAAAGGAUUAUCGUAACUACAUCGACAAGGCAAGAUAUUUACGACUUGGAGCAGGUGGUGCUGGAGCGCUUCGAGACUAUUUUGCGAGGAUGCAAUACAAGAAUCCCGGAUUCUUUGCCUUGAUGGAUUUAGAUGAUGAUGGGAGGUUGAAGAAUGUAUUUUGGGCAGAUCCACGCAGCAGGGCAGCUUAUCAAGAUUUUGGUGAUGUGGUAACGUUUGACACCACGUACCUAACAAACAGGUAUGGAAUGCCCUUUGCACCCUUUGUUGGUGUAAACCAUCACAGGCAAUCGAUUCUCUUUGGAGCAGGGUUAAUUUCCAGUGAAGACACAGAGACUUUUACAUGGUUAUUUCAGACCUGA